ACUAAAACUUGCAUACAGUUUUUUUUUUCUUCUUUUCUCUGCUCUGCUCCCUCGUUCUAAAGUCUCUCUAAAUAAAAUUUCUUCCGAGUUGAUAGGACAUGGCGGAAUCGGUAGAAUUACCGAGUCGAUUAGCGAUUUUACCGUUUAGAAACAAGGUUUUGUUACCUGGUGCAAUCAUUCGAAUCCGGUGUACUUCACCAAGCAGUGUGAAAUUAGUGGAACAAGAGUUAUGGCAGAGGGAAGAGAAGGGUUUGAUUGGUGUCUUGCCUGUUAGAGAUGCUGCUGAGGGUACAUCUAUUGGUUCAGUAUUGUCUCAGGGUGUUGUAACUGAUUCUGGGGAAAGAACCCCGAAAUCUCCUUUGGCAACUUCAGAUACUCAUAAGCUAGAUGGCAAGAAUCAGCCAGAAGUACAAUGGCAUACCAGGGGAGUUGCUGCGAGAGCUUUGCAUCUCUCUAGAGGUGUUGAGAAACCAAGUGGGAGGGUCACGUACAUAGUUGUUCUUGAGGGACUGUGCAGGUUUAGUGUCCAAGAACUUAGUGUUAGAGGAACAUAUCACAUUGCUAAGAUUUCUCGCCUUGAUAUGACGAAGCCUGAAAUGGAUCUAGCAGAACAAGAUCCAGACCUUAUAUCGUUGUCUCGCCAAUUCAAAGCUACUGCCAUGGAGCUGAUAUCUGUACUUGAGCAGAAGCAGAAAACAAUAGGAAGGACAAAAGUUCUUCUGGAUACUGUUCCUGUACACAGGCUUGCUGAUAUAUUUGUUGCUAGCUUUGAAAUAAGCUUUGAGGAGCAGCUUUCCAUGCUGGACUCAGUUGAUUUAAAAGUCAGGCUUUCAAAAGCUACGGAGUUGGUUGACAGGCAUUUACAGUCAAUUCGUGUAGCUGAAAAGAUAACUCAGAAAGUAGAAGGACAGUUGUCAAAGUCACAGAAAGAAUUUCUUCUGCGUCAGCAGAUGAGGGCAAUUAAAGAGGAGCUUGGUGACAAUGAUGAUGAUGAAGACGAUAUGGCUGCACUGGAAAGAAAGAUGCAGAGCGCAGGAAUGCCUCCUAAUGUCUGGAAGCAUGCACACAGGGAGUUACGGCGAUUGAAAAAAAUGCAACCGCAGCAACCUGGAUAUAGUAGUUCACGUGCUUACCUGGAGCUGCUUGCUGAUUUACCCUGGCAAAAUGCUAGCGAGGAACGUGAACUGAACUUAAAAGCUGCAAAAGAGUGUGUUGACAGUGACCAUUAUGGUUUAGCCAAAGUAAAACAACGGAUUAUUGAAUAUUUGGCUGUUCGUAAGCUCAAACCAGAUGCCAGAGGUCCAGUUCUGUGUUUUGUGGGUCCACCAGGGGUUGGGAAGACAUCUUUGGCAUCAUCUAUUGCUGCGGCCCUCGGCAGAAAGUUCAUACGAAUAUCUCUAGGCGGUGUGAAGGACGAAGCUGAUAUUAGAGGGCAUAGGAGGACUUACAUAGGAAGUAUGCCAGGGAGGCUUGUUGAAGGGAUAAAGCGAGUAGGUGUUAGCAAUCCAGUAAUGCUGCUUGACGAGAUUGACAAGACUGGUUCUGAUGUCCGAGGGGAUCCUGCUUCAGCACUUCUGGAGGUUCUUGAUCCAGAGCAGAACAAAACAUUCAAUGAUCACUACUUAAAUGUUCCUUUCGAUCUUUCAAAGGUGAUUUUUAUUGCAACUGCAAAUAGAGCUCAACCUAUUCCUCCGCCUCUCUUAGACAGAAUGGAAGUCAUUGAGCUGCCUGGGUAUACACCAGAAGAGAAACUAAGAAUAGCCAUGCGGCAUCUGAUUCCCCGAGUUCUGGAUCAGCAUGGUUUAAGAUCUGAGUUUCUUCAAAUACCUGAGAGCAUGGUGAAACUUGUAAUCCAGAAUUAUACAAGAGAAGCUGGUGUCAGAAGUUUAGAGAGGAACUUAGCUGCCUUGGCUCGUGCAGCAGCGGUUAGAGUUGCUGAGCAAGAGCAAACUCUUCCACUCAGUAAUGAUGUACACCAGAUGUCAACAUCGCUUCUGGAUACCAGAAUUGCGGAGGGGACUGCUGAAGUGGAGAUGGAAGUUAUUCCGAUGGGUGUUAACAAUCAUGAGAUAUCAAAUGCUUUAAGGAGUUCUUCAGCUUUGGUUGUAGAUGAGGCCAUGGUUGAAAAAGUACUAGGGCCUCCAAGAUUCGAUGACAGAGAAACUGCAGAACGAGUUACAACUCCUGGAGUAUCAGUUGGGCUUGUGUGGACCACCUUCGGUGGGGAGGUUCAGUUUGUGGAGGCCUCAACAAUGGCGGGGAAGGGUGAGUUGCAUCUCACUGGACAGCUAGGCGAUGUUAUUAAAGAAUCAGCACAAAUAGCACUUACUUGGGUAAGAGCAAGAGCAGCGGACCUCAAGUUGGUGGCUGCUGGGAACAUUAAUUUGAUGGAUGGACAAGAUAUUCAUAUACAUUUUCCCGCAGGGGCUGUACCAAAAGACGGUCCUUCUGCAGGUGUGACUUUGGUGACAUCGUUAGUUUCUCUGCUUAGUCAACAAAGAGUAAGACCAGAUACAGCAAUGACUGGGGAAAUGACUCUGAGGGGAUUGGUAUUACCGGUCGGUGGUAUCAAGGAUAAGGUCCUAGCUGCACAUCGGUAUGGUAUAAAGAGAGUUAUCAUACCAGAAAGAAACUUCAAAGAUCUGGUUGAAGUACCAGCAACUGUUCUUUCUAGCCUGGAGAUAUUGCUUGUGAAGCGUGUGGAAGACGUGUUGGAGCAUGCCUUUAGUACUGGAUGCCCUUGGAGACAACAUUCCAAGUUAUGAAAUCACCGUCGAGAUUUAUUUGUCUAACACAUACCUCUCAGUGGAAACAUUGGAACCUACCUUGUCAGUAAUUCAGUAGAUGAAGCAUGUAUCCAAAGAGUACUGCUGCUUCAUCGCCACUGAAGACAUGCGGAAAACCAUUAAUGAGAAUCUGAGUUUGAACAGAACCGAACGAAACAGGGUGACAGAGUCAGCUAAGUUAUACCAUCUCAGUUGUUACAUCUCCUAAGCUGUUUGCCUAUUUAAAUAUUAUCAUCAUCUUGUCAAAUAUAAUUUAAGUUUAUAGAUUGGGUAUGUACAACCUCCCUUGUUCCGUCUGUUUUUGCCAAUCAAAUCAGAGCCAUAGUCAUCUCGAUCUGUUGUAUUUGUAUAUAUACGGUCGGGCAAUGGUGAAGUGCGCCAAAUUCUGCUCACAGCUACUAUUUGUUGUAUGUAUAGAUAUCAAGGUUUUAUUCCCGUUUA